CAAGCCAACGCUCUGCUGCAACCCCUCUGGCUGUCCGAACAAAAGCGCCAUUGCAGAGGCGGGGCCCACCCAAGCCAAAGGACAGUUAUUUUCAGCCCGACAUUUCCUGUUGCUGCAGCUGCUUGUCUGCCAAGCACCUGGGGCCCGGGCAGCACAUGGAGCAUGGUCCUCGACUGAAUCGGACUGGAACGCUGGCGCUUCACGACCCUGCCCCCUCCUCCCCCAUCACCCCGCUCUACGCCGACUACCAGCCCCCAUCCUUGGACUUCAUUCAUGUGCCCCAGGCUGCCAUCUACAUGGUCAUGGCUGUAGUGGUCGUGGUAGGCGUGGCCUAUGCCAUCGUUGGUCACCUGAUACAUGACCUGAUGCAUGACCUGGCAGAUAGAUUAGCACUCAGGACCCAGACGGGCACAAGCAUCUUGUACCGGUAAAGGCAAGAAUCGUCUUUUUGUAAAGAACAAAGUCAUAACGGUCAAGAAGCUAAAUUCUCAAGCGAUGCAAAUGACGUGCCACGUUGUCUUUAACUUUUACAAGUAUUAUUCCAAUAAAAAUAAGCUCUACAUAAA